GUUUACCUUGUCUUGUUUGUGUGGGUGUGUUCUACUUACAGGUCAAGAUGGCGGCGGGGUCAGUGAGGAACCCGCGCAUGGGGUCAGAGGUCACGGAGGAGUGGGUGGAGCACAUGCUGACCUGUUAUGAGAGGCGACGUGACCCAGGGGCGGCCGUGGAGGUCAUCUCGUAUAAGGUCAAUCCAGGUGCCAAGCCUGGAGAAAACGUGGCGUCUGAGCUUAUCAAAAUGUGGGUGGAAGCAAAACUAACAAAAGAAGAAGAAGAAGAAGAAGAGGAAGAAGAAGAAGAAAACAAACGUAAUUCAAACCAGGAAAGGAAGAAAAGUAAAAAGAAACACAAGAUAAGAAAAACCGGAACGAAAAUCAAGGAAUACAAUUUGAUGAUGAAAUUUAACAGUGGCAGUGAGAUGGACAGAGAAUACACGAGAUACAUCAACGCUGACCUGAAUGAGUUGCUGAUCUACUCUGAUGUGAUACAGGACCUCAACGCCUUCCAGGACAGAGAGGCCCACGGCAGGUAUCCAGUGAAGGUGCCUGAGUUUAUCUACGGAGUGUGUAAUGGUGAUGAGUACGUCCUGGUGAUGCAGGAUGUUGGGGUGUUGGGAUACAAGACCCAGGCGAAGGAGAAGGGGCUGGACCUCACACACACUCUGAUGGCGGCGGAGCAGCUGGCACGCCUCCACGCCCUCUCGCACGCCUACCACCAGAAACACAACUUUUUGACCCGCUUCCCUUCCUUCAACACAGACGAUCGCCUUGUUGGGUUUCUAGCCGAGUUCAUCACCGUUUUCUACGACUUCGUGGUGGAGGCGCUGGGGGAACAGGAGGACUUAAGCCACAUCAUUGGGAAACUAAAGGAAAACCGUGAAAAACUCUUUGCUAAUUUCAAGACACUAGCUUCCAGGGACACUCCAGGGCACAGAGUCAUUUGCCUGGUUCACGGGGAUGCAUGGACCAAUAAUUUAAUGUACCUGGACUCCACACACAGCCCCCAGACACCCGAAGACCUCUUCCUUAUUGACUGGGGGCUGGUUGGGUGGAGAAACGCAAUCUUCGACCUCCAUCAAAUUGUCUACAACUGCACCUCUCUUUCCCUUCGUCAACAACACCUUCAGAAAAUCCUCGAGCGGUACCACGGGACAUUCACAGCCGCCACACGUGACCUAGGAGCCCCUGUACCGAAUUACGACCUUCCGGAGUUCCUCAAGGAGUGGGAAAGGACCGCGCUGUUUGGGUUAAUACAGUCAGGAAUCUUUGCAAACUCAAUCGUGCUGUCGGAAAAAGCUCGUGAGGGAUUUGUCAAGGGCACGCCAAGCACGGGGCUGUGGAGUCUACUGGCGAAGGGCUUUGCUAAGGUGAUGGUGCCCCUGGUGAUGCGAGGCUGGUUCAUGAAUGUCAUUAUAGAGGACACUAAGAAGAAAUUUAAGCCUCUCUUAGAUGAAAUGAAGUCAGGGAACAACAAGCUUCUGAAUUCUACACUGGUUGAUAUACUGAGGGAGGCAAAUGACCGUGGCUUGCUGGACCUGUGACACCAGCAGGAGGAGGAGGAGGAGGAGGAGGAGGAGGAGAGGCUCAGUCAGUAAGUAGAGGAGGAUGAGAACGAGGAUGAAGAUGACAAAAAGAUGAAGAUAAAGAC